GGAUAGACUCCUCUCUAUGGCGCAGAAGCCGCUCUAGUCUAGUGUCUAUAGUUUCCGGUUCCGGUGAUAGACGGCCUGUUGCUGCCUGUUUUCGCGCCUGUCGCUACCUGAGUUGCAGCGACAGGAGCUCAGCCCGGUGACAACAUGUCGUACAACUACGUGGUGACUGCGCAGAAGCCCACUGCGGUGAAUGCCUGUGUGACAGGACACUUCACAUCCGAGGAUGACUUGAAUCUUCUGAUAGCCAAGAAUACACGUCUGGAGAUCUAUGUGGUGACACCGGAGGGGCUGCGCCCUGUAAAGGAGGUUGGGAUGUAUGGCAAGAUCGCAGUAAUGGAGCUCUUUAGACCCAAGGGUGAGAAUAAAGACCUGCUCUUUGUACUGACCGCUAAAUACAACGCCUGCAUCCUGGAAUAUAAGCAGACUGGUGACAGCAUUGAUAUCAUCACCCGCGCACAUGGCAAUGUACAGGAUCGCAUCGGCCGACCUUCUGAAACAGGAAUAAUUGGGAUUAUUGACCCAGACUGCCGCAUGAUUGGGUUGCGUCUGUAUGAUGGUCUAUUCAAAGUAAUCCCCCUCGAGAGAGACAAUAAAGAGUUAAAGGCCUUCAACAUCCGAUUAGAGGAGCUGCACGUCAUUGAUGUCAAGUUCCUGUACAGCUGCCAAGCUCCCACUAUCUGCUUCGUAUACCAAGAUCCUCAGGGCCGUCAUGUAAAAACGUAUGAGGUCUCCCUCAGGGAAAAGGAAUUUAGCAAAGGUCCAUGGAAGCAGGAAAAUGUGGAGGCGGAGGCGUCUAUGGUGAUAGCAGUUCCAGAGCCGUUUGGAGGAGCCAUUAUAAUAGGUCAAGAAUCUAUAACUUACCACAAUGGUGAAAAAUACUUGGCGAUAGCUCCUCCAAUUAUUAAGCAAAGUACAAUUGUGUGUCACAAUCGGGUAGAUGUCAAUGGCUCCCGGUAUCUUCUCGGAGACAUGGAAGGUCGCUUAUUUAUGUUGCUGCUGGAGAAGGAAGAGCAGAUGGAUGGAAGUGUCACUCUGAAGGACCUCCGAGUGGAGCUGUUGGGGGAGACAUCCAUUGCAGAAUGUCUGACUUACCUGGAUAAUGGAGUAGUGUUUGUAGGCUCUCGACUUGGAGACUCCCAACUGGUGAAGCUUACUGCGGACAGCAACGAACAGGGCUCCUAUGUCGUGGCAAUGGAAACUUUCACUAACUUGGGUCCCAUCGUGGACAUGUGUGUUGUAGACCUUGAGAGACAGGGCCAGGGACAGCUUGUUACCUGCUCUGGAGCCUUUAAGGAAGGUUCACUACGAAUUAUCAGGAACGGCAUCGGUAUCCAUGAACACGCCAGCAUUGACUUACCAGGGAUCAAAGGUUUGUGGCCACUCCGGGUUGCUGCCAAUCGUGAGACGGAUGACACAUUGGUUUUGUCUUUUGUGGGACAGACCAGGGUCUUGACUUUGUCAGGAGAAGAAGUGGAGGAAACUGACCUCGCAGGCUUUGUUGACGACCAGCAAACCUUUUUCUGUGGGAAUGUGGCACAUAAGCAGCUCAUUCAGAUCACGUCAGCCUCUGUGCGACUGGUGUCACAGGACCCACAAAGUCUGGUUAGCGAAUGGAAGGAGCCACAAGGUCGUAAAGUCAGCGUGUGUUCAUGCAACAGCCGCCAAGUGCUGCUUGCAGUGGGCAGAGUCCUCUACUACCUGGAAAUCCAGCCUGGUGAGCUAAAACAGAUCAGUUCUACUGAAAUGGAGCAUGAAGUCGCCUGUCUAGAUGUCACUCCAUUGGGUGGCGGUGAUGCAAUGUCCACACUUUGUGCAAUUGGCCUGUGGACAGAUAUCUCGGCUCGAAUCCUUAGUUUACCAGGAUUUCAGUUAUUACAUAAAGAGAUGCUAGGUGGAGAGAUUAUCCCCAGGUCCAUCCUUAUGACGUCAUUCGAGAACAGUCACUACCUGCUGUGUGCACUGGGGGAUGGCGCUCUCUUCUAUUUUAGCCUCAACACAGAAACAGGUCUUCUAAGUGACAGAAAGAAGGUGACCCUGGGGACACAGCCCACUGUUCUGAGGACUUUCCGCUCUCUGUCCACCACGAAUGUAUUUGCUUGUUCGGACCGGCCCACAGUCAUCUACAGCAGCAACCAUAAGCUGGUCUUCUCCAACGUUAACCUGAAGGAGGUCAACUAUAUGUGCCCCCUGAACUCUGAAGGUUAUCCUGAUAGUUUGGCUCUAGCAAAUAACAGCACCCUUACCAUUGGAACGAUUGAUGAAAUACAAAAGCUUCAUAUCCGGACGGUCCCACUGUAUGAGUCUCCCAGGAAGAUUUGCUAUCAAGAGGUAUCUCAGGGCUUCGGAGUGCUCUCCAGCCGAACUGAGGUGCAAGAUGCUAGUGGAAGCAGCUCUCCGCUCCGACCUAGUGCCAGUACCCAGGCCCUCUCUUCAAGUGUGAGCAGUAGUAAGCUGUUUUCAGGAAGCACAUCGCCCCAUGAAACCUCAUUUGGAGAAGAAAUAGAGGUCCAUAACCUUCUCAUCAUAGAUCAACACACAUUUGAAGUCCUGCACACUCACCAGUUCUUGCAGAACGAGUACACCCUCAGCUUAGUGUCGUGUAAGCUGGGAAAGGAUCCAAGCACUUAUUUCAUAGUUGGAACUGCCAUGGUGUACCCCGAUGAGGCCGAACCAAAGCAAGGAAGGAUAGUGGUUUUCCAGUAUUCUGAUGGGAAGUUGCAAACUGUCGCAGAGAAAGAGGUGAAGGGAGCAGUGUACUCUAUGGUUGAAUUCAAUGGAAAGCUACUGGCCAGUAUCAACAGCACGGUCCGUCUUUAUGAAUGGACAACAGAGAAGGAGCUGCGCACUGAAUGCAACCAUUACAACAAUAUCAUGGCUUUAUAUUUGAAAACCAAGGGGGAUUUUAUCCUGGUGGGAGACUUGAUGCGUUCAGUGCUGCUGCUGGCUUACAAACCAAUGGAGGGAAACUUUGAGGAGAUUGCCCGGGAUUUUAACCCUAACUGGAUGAGCGCAGUGGAGAUACUGGACGAUGAUAACUUCUUAGGAGCAGAAAAUGCAUUUAACUUAUUUGUAUGCCAAAAAGACAGCGCCGCCACUACAGAUGAGGAAAGACAACACUUACAAGAAGUAGGACUCUUCCACUUAGGGGAGUUUGUUAAUGUUUUCUGCCAUGGCUCGCUGGUCAUGCAGAACCUUGGGGAGACCUCUCCUCCUACACAAGGCUCGGUGCUCUUUGGCACAGUUAAUGGGAUGAUUGGUCUGGUGACAUCCGUGUCUGAGAGCUGGUACAAUCUCCUACUUGAUGUUCAGAACAGACUCAACAAAGUUAUCAAGAGCGUUGGCAAGAUUGAGCACUCUUUUUGGAGGUCAUUCCAUACAGAGAGAAAGACUGAAGCUGCAACCGGGUUCAUAGAUGGAGACCUUAUUGAGAGCUUUUUGGACAUCAGUCGGUCAAAGAUGCAGGAGGUGGUAGCAAAUCUACAGAUUGACGACGGCAGUGGGAUGAAGAGAGAGACCACAGUGGAUGACCUGAUAAAGAUUGUGGAAGAGCUAACAAGGAUUCACUGAUUCAUGUCCUUCUCGAUCAUGUAUACCCCUUAGGCUUCCCCAGUAUCCUCCGAGCAUUGUGGGAGCUGCCUCCCAUGGGCCUGAAUGACUGCAAGAUAAGCUUGUAUGCAUCCAGCCAGUGUCUAGGGAGGGGAUACCUCGCUUUGCUGCCCUAGUGGCACCUACAACUUUGCUUCCAGAGGUGGUCAGUGCAAUGAAAGCCUCCUGCCAUCAGUAGGGAAAAAAGAGUGGUUGUACAGGUUGCUCCCUGCCCAGCUCCUUUGCUCCAUUCAUAUUGCUGUUAUUCUAUAUUGUAUGUAUUUUUUCAUAUAUAUUGCGUCGUGAAAAGUAGGGUCAUCCCUAUGGACUUUCUGCAUAGCAAGGUUGAGCAGUGACAUCAUAACCUGUGCAGGAAAUGGGGCAUGUGACGUCAUCUGCAGCAACUGUGGGGUGUUUCACGUGCUAGUUUUUGCCUAAUGGUGCAGUGUCCCUCCCUUCCAGUCUUCUCUUUACAAAAAGGGUAAAAGGGGGAGGUUAUUUUCCAAAAUUUUAGGAAAUAAAUCAGACUGGAAAUGAA